AUGGCCAACGCGUUUGAGGCCAGAAUUGUAAAGGCAAAGGAUACGCUUUGCGAUGCAGAGCUCUCUGAGGAGCUCAAUGAUAAAAAAUCUCCAAGGGAAGUGAUCAUAUCGAUCUACGAAAAAAGGGCCAACGACCUUGGCGAAGAUGUCUUGGUUUGGGUCGACUAUUACCAGUAUUGCUUGAAAGAGGGGUUCUCUGGAUAUGAGGCUUUGCAAGAUAUUUCCCAUCGUGCCUUGGAAUUCCAUCCAACCAAUGUAUAUUUGUGGAUACUGCAAAUUGAGCUGAUAGAGCUGCGAUCAAAGUUAACAUUUGACCUUGCGAUGAUCACAAAGGUUAUUGACAAGCUGUCAGAUGUCUAUUCGACACCUGAUUUAAUCUCUUCCCUGAUAACAACGUAUGAUGCCGUUGUGGAUCUUCUGAUACGAAUGUCGAAUCGAAAGGUUUUUUCGCUCGAAACUGCCAUUUCAUACAUCGACAAAAUGAUUGAGCUGAAGCGGUUUAGGAUGCCAAGUGCUGAUCCUCAUAGUAAGCCGAUAGCGGAUGGCAUUUCUUUUCCAUACGGGUCUAGCGCUCUGUUUUCGGCGCAUUCGCCAUCAUUUUAUCAGCUUGAAAAAAGAAAGAUCUGGCUGCUUUUGGCGCAAAAGGGUGCACCAUGUAUGGUGGAUGUGUCCCACAUACGAACUUUGUUUGAAGAUACAAUACUGCGGUGCAAAAGAGAAUCAAAGAGCAUCACCACAUGGCUCGAUUACAUUGGCAUGGAGAGGUACUCGAGUUUUCUUUACCACAACUUUAGAGUUUACGAUCCAAACAACCAAAAAAUAAGAUCGCUCUACAAAAGGGCUAUCUCGAACGUCGAAUCUGCCGAUAAAGAGAAGCUGGUAUCGGAAUGGGUUAACUGGGAGCGGACGUUUGGAGAUGAUUUGGAGCUGCUGAUAGAUUGCAGAUGCAGGGUUCUUGCAGAUCGCCAGAAAGAGCGAAAAUCGCAAAAGAGAAAAUCAGACCGUGAAAACCAAGACAAGUUUAAAAAAGCAGCCCAUCAGGAUGAGGGAAAACGGCCCCCGUUGCUGGAAUUUCGGGAUCAUCAAAAGGGACCCGCUUCACACGAGAAAAAUGCCGAUCAAGAAACUCAUGACGACCAAAAAACCCACGACGCUGAACAAACCCACAAAGAUCAUGUCGAGUCUACUUUGCCGAAACACCGUGGCGAUCAUGAGCCGUCUGCUUUGAUGGACGUUGAAACUCAACAUAGUCCCGAUGGAAAGCAAGGCAUUUACACUGCAUUCCUAUCCAAUCUGCCAUUUUCGAUGGAAAAGCCCCAGCUCAUUUCAUUUUUGAAUUCGGUACUACCAUGCCCAUUUACAACAAUAGGAGCUAGGCAUUGUCUCGAUAAAGGAUCUCAGGCUUGUAUGCAAUCCAAACGGGUCGUUCAAAGGAUAUGCAUAUUUGGAUCUUUGGGACAAGGACGAGUACGAGCGCAUCUUGGGAAAAGACCGGGUUCCGUUUAUGAAAAGACCAUUGUUUAUAUCAAUCCUCAAAGAAAAGCUCAGGCCGGAACCAAGAAAAAAGUCUAUUGA